ACCCUGCAGACCCCUGUGUCCCCAUGGGCACCCCCCACACCAUCAGCCCCCCCCCAAGAUGGACUGACCCAGGCUGCUGGCCUUGUGGACAAGCUGGAGGACAAGGUGAGGACACCCCCCGUGUGACUGCGCAGCGAGGCUGCCCUGCCCAUUAGGCCGCCAUGAACACCUCGGCUCCGCCCGCUGUCAGCCCCAACAUCACCGUCCUGGCCCCAGGAAAAGGACCCUGGCAAGUAGCCUUCAUUGGCAUCACCACGGGGCUCCUGUCGCUGGCCACUGUGACAGGCAACCUCCUGGUCCUCAUCUCCUUCAAGGUGAACACGGAGCUCAAGACAGUCAACAACUACUUCCUGCUGAGCCUGGCCUGCGCUGAUCUCAUCAUUGGCACCUUCUCCAUGAACCUCUACACCACCUAUCUGCUCAUGGGCCACUGGGCGUUGGGUACGCUGGCCUGUGACCUCUGGCUGGCCCUGGACUAUGUGGCCAGCAACGCCUCUGUCAUGAACCUGCUGCUCAUUAGCUUCGACCGCUACUUCUCAGUGACCCGGCCACUGAGCUACCGUGCCAAACGCACACCACGCCGGGCAGCCCUGAUGAUCGGGCUGGCCUGGCUGGUCUCCUUUGUGCUCUGGGCACCGGCCAUCCUCUUCUGGCAGUACCUGGUGGGGGAGCGGACGGUGCUGGCAGGGCAGUGCUACAUCCAGUUCCUCUCCCAGCCCAUCAUCACCUUCGGCACCGCCAUGGCUGCCUUCUACCUCCCGGUCACUGUCAUGUGCACACUCUACUGGCGCAUCUACCGUGAGACGGAGAACCGGGCACGGGAGCUGGCAGCGCUGCAGGGCUCUGAGACGCCUGGCAAGGGUGGUGGCAGCAGCAGCAGCUCGGAGAGGUCACAGCCUGGGGCCGAGAGCUCCCCGGAGACCCCACCGGGCCACUGCUGCCGCUGCUGCCGAGCACCCCAGCUGCUGCAGGCCUACAGUUGGAAGGAGGAAGAGGACGACGACGAGGGCUCCAUGGAGUCCCUCACGUCCUCAGAGGGCGAGGAGCCUGGCCCAGAGGUGGCCAUCAAGAUGCCCAUGGUGGACGCCCGGACCCAGGCACCUGCCAAACCGCCCCCUAAGAGCUCCCCAAGCACAGUGAAGAGGCCCACGAGGAAGGGGCGUGACCGAGCCAGCCGGGCCCAGAAGCCCCAUGGGAAAGAGCAGCUGGCCAAGCGCAAGACCUUCUCACUGGUCAAGGAGAAGAAGGCAGCCCGGACCCUGAGCGCCAUCCUCCUGGCCUUCAUUCUCACUUGGACGCCAUACAACAUCAUGGUGCUGGUGUCCACCUUCUGCAAGGACUGCGUCCCCGAGACCCUGUGGGAGCUGGGCUACUGGCUGUGCUACGUCAACAGCACCGUCAACCCCAUGUGCUAUGCGCUGUGCAACAAAGCCUUCCGGGACACCUUCCGCCUACUGCUGCUCUGCCGCUGGGACAAGAGGCGCUGGCGCAAGAUCCCCAAGCGCCCGGGCUCUGUGCACCGCACCCCCUCCCGCCAGUGCUGAGGGCCCCACCCUCCGCUGUCCUGAACUGAGGCCUGGGCUGCUGCUCCACCCAGGCCAGCCCCUCCUGGACAGCCAGAGAUGCCCUGCCAGCCCCACGGGGCAGUGGAACCCGGGGAACUGGUUUUUCCAUUCCCUGCUGGCUGGGAAUGGGCCUGCACCAGGAAGAGGCCUGAGGAGGAUCCCAGCUUUGCUCCGUGUUUGCCUCAGGCAGAAAGCCCAGAGCCUGCUGGUCAGCUGGAAGUCCCUCCACAUCCUCCCGGGCCUCACUCAGCCAGCAGAGCAGCUGGACAGCGCGCUCUGGAGGCCACAGGGGGCAAUGACGCCAGACACUGAGGCGGGAAGCUUGGCUCCAGGGUACAGGAACCCCAGCUGGAAAUCCUUCCCCACUCCCCAGGACGGUUCAACCUCUUGAGACAUCCCCAGAGCACCCUGUUUGUCACCUUCCAGGCAAAUGUCCAAGCAGCAGCAGGACAGUGACUCCAGGGAGGAUCUGCAAGUCUGGGUAGCAGCCGUGGGGCCAGAUGCCAGGUUUUAAAUGUCCUGCUGUCCUCUUUGCCUGUGUCCCAGCAACCUUGGUCGGUCCCUCUCCACCUGGCUCUCAGCCAUCGCCAGGACUAGACCACUAGACUCCUGCAGCUCGGCCAGGCCCCGCAUGCUCCCCACUUCCAGCCCUGCCAGCCUUACCCUGCAUCGCUGGCUGCAGGUCCCCUCCUGUGCUCCCUCCUGACCAUGCAUGGCCUCCCAGCAGCCCUUGCCCCAGCCUGGCUGGCCACAUGUUCUUUCCUCCACCUUGGCAAGUGCCAAGUCUGAAUAAAGCCACACAACCUGCAGGCGUCAAGACAUUUCCUCUGGUG